CCAGGCGUGCCUUGUUUCUGGUGACCUCCGUGGAUUCCUUAGCUUCAAAUUUUCCUGAGAGAACGCGACUGGGCAACUUCCAGGAAAGGAGCCGAGACCCAGGAUCUGAGGGAGGCAAAGCUGAGCCCCUUAAAAUCCGGGGUCGGAAGCCAAAGAUUGCCCUGUUGCCGGAGGAUUUGCCUUUGAAGGACUGCGGCUCCAUUCCUGAGAAGAUGCCUCAAGAACAGCCUUUGCUUGCUGUGCAGGAGGCCCUGAGGAAGUGCUUCCCCGCGGUGGAGGAGCAGCAGGGCCUGUGGUGGGGCACCGUGCAGGACUGCCGGCCCCUCCUGCUCUCGCUCAGCAACCUGGCGGAGCAGAUGCAGGCUGCGCACCGCCUGCGCUUUGAGGAUGUGCCGGCCCUUCGGGCCUUCCCGGAUUUGCAGGAGCGUCUCCGCCACCAGCAGCUGGCCUCUGCAGACGUCGUCCUGGACCAGCUAGCCCAAAGACUAGCCACCCUUCUCAAGGUGCGUGACAAUGUCAGCAACCACGUGGAGCAAGUGUUCCAGACCUAUGAGCAACACGCACAUGCGGUGGGCAUUGAUGCUGUCCUGCAGCCCUCAGCUCUGAGCCCUUCUGUGGCUGACAUGUUGGAACGGCUGCAAGACAUUGAGAGACAUUAUCGAAAUUCGUACCUGAAGAGAAAGUACCUCUUCUCCUCAAUCCAGUGGGGAGACUUGGCUGGCAUCCAAGCAUUGCCCAAGGCCUGGGACCAAAUUUCAGAAGAUGAACACCAGGACCUUGUGCAAGAUACCCUAUUGAAUGUUUCCUUCUUCCUGAAGGAGUAAGGCAACUGCAUGUUUAUCGGGAGCCUGGAGCCCCACAGCUGAAGGCUGGCACUGCAGAAGCUCAGGACUGGGUCUUGGGGACAGUUGCUGCUAGAUGUCUUUGGGACUUCUCCAUGCCUGGUCAUCACUGAGGGUUACGUAGCCACCGCUUGUCCUCUUCUGAGGCUCAGGGAGGAGGAGGAUGGAAGAAAACAGGAAAGGCUGUGCUGAUGAGCACAGUGCCUAUCUCCCAUAAGGUCCAAGAUAGUAGGGAAUCCCUGGCAUCAUCCAAAACAUGUCUGAUUGAUACCAGGUCCUAGUUUUGUUUAUGACAGUAUCUGACUCCAUGAUGAUUGAAAGAAAUGGAUGGGUCUGAGGAUGUAAUUUAGUUGUAGAGUGCAUAUUUGGCUUGCAUGAGGCCCUAAGUGCAUUCCUCACAUACAAAUGAAAGGAGAAAGUGAUGUUGAUGGAAAACAUUUUAAAAUGUUUGAGCAAUCUCAAUAGUUUCCUUAUCAUCAAGCCAAUUUCCGUUUCCAGAACUUGCCACCAGGUGGAGCUCGUGCAGCAUGAAUCCUUAGGAAAAACUGUCUUUGAGGGAGCUGUUACUGAGGGCUAGUAACUGGGAAUGAGACUCCCAGAGUAUAGUUUUCAAAAUAAAAAUGGCUUUGGGCUGGGAAUGUGGUUUAGUGGUAGGGUGCUUGCCUAGCAUGCAUGAAGCCCUGGGUUCCAUUCCUCAGCAC